AUGACGGGGGAAACGGGGGAAACAGGGCCAGUCUCUGUUCCCUUAGCCGUCUCUCUGACCAUCACUGCUCUAUUCGGCAUGGCCUGCCUCAACUGCGCAGAAAUCCUCAUCAUUGCCCUUUAUACCUUCAAGCGCUAUACCAGUCUAUACUUCUGGAGCAUAAUAGUCGCUGACCUGGGCACCGUCAUCUAUGCAAUGGCAAACCUGCUGCGCCUCUUUGCUCUCGCACCCAAUAUCCUGAUGUCCGUUCUCUUGGCCAUCAGCUGGUGGGGGAUGGUCACAGGUCAGUCCGUGGUCUUAUACUCUCGGCUGCAUCUUGUUGUUUCUAAUAGAAAGAAAACCCGUGGGGUGCUCAUCAUGAUCAUCACCAACUUCUUUAUUAUUCACAUUCCGUUAUCAGUCCUCUGGAUUGGUACCAACGUUGACCCUGAUGUUUUUCUCGAUGCAUUCAACGUCUAUGAACGGCUACAGCUGUCUGUAUUCUUCGUCCAAGAAUGCAUUAUUUCCGGCCUUUAUAUUUGGGAGGCAGGCCACGAGCUGAAACCCAUCAUCGCCGCUAGAGGUGGCGAAGGGAAGCAUGUCGUCAGGGGACUCGUCAUCAUCAACAUCAUCCUGAUUGUCCUCGAUAUCACUCUUCUCAUUACCAUAUUUACCGGCCAUUUCUACAUCCAGACUUCAUAUCAGCCCCUUGUGUACAGCAUCAAACUCAAGCUGGAGCUUUUUAUUCUCAACAAGCUAGUAGCCCUUGUCAAACAGCCGACAUGCGGAAUCACCCCUUCAGGCAGCAGCCACCAAACCAAGGGCAGGAAGAGCCCAAGACCUGUAGUGGACGGUAAGACGAACCCGACCACUCCAGAAGGAGAAUCUUCUCCAAGAGCAGGAGGGAGAUAG